AUGGUUAUUACAGCUAAAAAUCCCGUUAUUUCUGUAUUAUUUUUAAUUGCUGUAUUCAUUAAUGUUGCAGGCUACUUAGUAUUAUUAGGUGUAGCUUGCAUUAUUGUAUACAUUACCACAAUUAAAGAAUUUUACUAAGGAGUUCAUUACGUUACUUGAUUGUACAUUUAAUACAUCUACAGUAACACUUCCUGCAUAUUCAGACAUUUUCUUUCUAGUGUUUGGCCUUUUUAAUCCUAACAUUUUUUUUCUCCUUUUUACUACAAAACUUAUAGAAAUAAGGCAAUUUUCUAAAAUUAGAAGCAAGACUUAGAAUAGACUGAUAUCGGUAAUGGAUAGCAUUAUGUUUAAUAGGAUCAUUUUCGCACGCGCCUCAACCGCCGGAGUCGCCAGACGAGCAUCGUCUCGCUGGAGGAUGUGGAUGGCACCGAGACCGUUGACAUGCAGGAGGCGCUGGGUAUUGCUUCACGGCACGCGCAGUCGCUCUUCACGCCGGACCCAGCUCGUGGCGACCCGACGAACGCACGCCGGUCCCUGCUCGACCCUAUUCGCGCAGCGAAAUGCUACGAUGACGACCGCUCGGACCCUACGUUCGGUCGUCGGCUGCCUCGUCAAGCGAGAGUGGCGCUUGACGAGCCCUUCACCCUCCUCGAGGUUGAAGCGGCGUUGAAGAAGACGGAUUCGGGGCGAUCACCGGGGCCCUCGGGCAUUCCGUACGAGCUCUUCAAGGCGCUGCCAACCUACUUUGCUCCCAAGCUGUUGGACUUGUUCAACUCGAUUUGGGAGGGCGGCAAAAUGACGGCGUCCUUGGCAGAGGGACUGGUGCGGCUCUUGCCCAAGAAUAAACCGGGGGCCAAUCUGAAAUCACUGGGGGCAUACCGACCGAUCACAUUGCGCGAGACGACCUACAAGGUCCUCAGCAAGGUCUUGGUGGCGCGACUCAAUGGGGUGCUCGGCGAGCUUUUACCGCCGGCGCAACACGGUUUCAUGCCAUCAAGACGUUCAGCGGACGCGGGAAGUCAUCUCACUCUCCUUCUCGAAAAACUCAAGUCGCUAGGCACUGAUGUUUUCCCCGAGGGCGCCCUCUUGUCUUUGGAUCAGCAGAGCGCGUACGAUCGGGUCGAUCACGCCUGGAUCUUCGAGGUCUUUGAGGCCUUUGGGUUCGGUGAGCGUUUCAUCUCGCUGCUGCGCGCUCUCUACGAUCCCGAGACUCUGGGGGUGCGCUACCUUGUCAAUGGGUUCCCCACGGACUUGGUGCGGUUGCUGUGUGGUCUCGGUCAGGGGGAUCCCCUCUCGUGCCCGGUUUGGAACAUCACGUUCCAGCCCUUCCUCGACGCCCUCGUUCGGCGCGGGAUCGCGCUCGACCUGCAGAAGGUGUGGCCAGGGGGGCCGCGUGCGCAGCUUACGCAUCUGGCGUUUGCCGACGAUGCUGUGGUGGUGGUGGAGUCACCGGCGGCAUUGUCGAAGCUGCAAACGCUGUCGCAGACGUGGUACGAGGCUACCAACGGGAAGACCAACACGGACAAGACGCUGGUGCUACCACUCGGACCGAACUGGCUUCGGGACGAGACUGCGCAGGCGCUGCCAACGGUGCAGGAGGGGGAGAGCUUCAAGUGGUGCGGCUAUGCCUUCUUUCGCCACGGUGACUCGAAACUGUUUUGGACCCAUGUUCUUGACAGGAUCAAGGCCAAGACCCGCGCCGCUCGAGACCGGACACUUUCGCCGAGUGGGAAGGUUUUCUAUGCCAACGCUCACAUCAUCUCGACGGUCCUCCACGUGCUGUCCUUCGACAUACCGCCUCAAUGGUUCAUUAAGGCGGCGGAGACGGCACUUACGGACUUUGUCUGGGGAGGAGCAGGGCGAAAUACCGUCGCUCGCGAUUUCGUGUUCCAGGCUCGGGAGGACGGUGGCUUGGGUUUGAUUUCGAUUGGCGACAUCGUUCAUUCGGUGGCGCUUCGAUUUUGGGAUGCUGUGGCGGGCUCGGACGAGGCGAUCUGGGCGCCCCUAGCUCGCGAGAGCUGGAGGUGCCUCGUCGCUGCGACCCGCGAUUUCAGUCCGUGGGGGUUCUUCAGCAGCACGGCUCGGGUCGAGAAGCUGUAUCGCGACUCGACGCGCUGGGGGGCAGUCGUUGCAGCGGCCAGGGUCACAGUUCCAACCAUCAAGUCCGAACUCCUUACGCUUCCCGAAUUGCUCUCGCUUCCGCCUCGCCUCCCUUCACUCUAUGCUGAAGGUGCCCAGCACGCAUAUGACGAUGCGGACGCGGUGGCGAAGUUUGCGCAGAUCGCGGACCUGUACUGGAGGGACGAAGGGAAGGGAUGGGCUCUGGUUGGUCAUCGACGCGGGUUCUGGCAGCACUCUAAGGAACCCGCCCUACAGCACGAGCACGUGUGGUCGCGCGUGGGUCAGUUGCUCAAGGCGAAAGCGUUGCUGCCCAAGACCGCGUUGCGACCUGCUCGGAUACCUCUCAAGGAGGCUCCCCGUCCUCGGUGCUUCAACUUCUUUGGGCUCUCCCGACCUUUUACGAUUCGCAAGCUUCGUCGGCUUGUGAACAAGGUGCGGUUCCCAGGGAGGGAGGACCGUGUCAAGCGUUUCCCUGAUGGGACUUCUCAGAGCGAUAGGAAGCGCUUCUGGAGAUGGCUUCAUGACCGGUUCGCGUCUGCUGUCGAGCAGGACACCCACUGGCGGUUCAUGUACGACGUGACGCCGACGCGCAAGAGGCAGUAUACUCAGGGUCAUGCCUCUUCGCCGACGUGUCUGUUCUGCGGCAACGAUGCAGCGGUCAUCGAGACGGUGUCCCACUACUUUUUCGAGUGCGCGUACUCGACCAGCUUCUGGGGUGGGGUGCUACGCAUUCUGCUUGACAAGCUCGGCAUCGAGGAUACCGACGUCGAUCCGUCGACGUUCACUCCGGAGCAGCUGACUAUGGGGCUCCCCCUUUUGCGGGGUCGUGGGAGAACGACCUCGAAAUGGAUGUGGGUUCGGCUGGCCUGCGCGAUCGGCUUCCAGCGGCUGCACCUGCUCCGCUGGCGCGUUCAUCAGCGGUUCGAGCUGGACAACGUCGUGGCCCCUCCCUCGCUUCCCAGUGCGCUCAGAGCGUUCGAGCGAGAUUUUCUCUCUCGAGCGGGUUUUGUGCCUGGGGUUCGAGAUUGGGAGGUGUGAUGACCGAGUUAAGUCCUUCCUUCCCAUUUUUCUCCCCUCCUUUCCUCCCUUCCUUUUCGGUCAGAAGCUGACUGUCUUGAAACUUGUUGCGCAGUGGAAGGCUGCGCACCUCUCCCUCUCUCUACUUUGCGCAGUAGCGAUUUUCGUUCUUGGAUGGAUCGGCAAGCCGGGUCGAUCGUCGUUGCGUUGGAGGCUUUGUGAAGUUCUCCCCUCUCUUUCCCCUUUCUCCCUUCCCUUCCUCUUCUCGUUCCUGUUGCUCGGUUGUUGACUACGCUUCAGCCACUUCUCCUUUUAUUCCUAAGUCGUGUGUUGGAUUCCGUCGAAUGGAUCGUUCGUUCGCGUUGGUCAAGAUCUACGGCAUGGAUCGGGAAGAAAGGUCGCUCGUUUUUUUGGUCAAUAUCCUCGCGUCAAGGCGAGGCUCGUUUCGUUGUAUUGGAUCGUUUUCGCUCGGCCCCGACGGCUCAACAGCCAGCACUCGAGACUCAGCCAAGGGAGGACAUCAGGCGCUGUCGGGGUGACGAGUAG